AUGGACGAGAUCUCGCCUGGGCACAUACUAGUUCGCAGCCUCUUCGGCGACCCUAAGCCUGCUGAUGGUCCCUACACGCCAGCUCCGGUGCCGCCAGCUGCGAAAAUAACAUCGAUGGUCUUGAACCUCAUCACACUCCCGGUUCUCGGAGCAUGUCUGACCAGGCGUCUGGAGCGGAUACAGAAGUGGAACCGCAUACCGCUGUCUGCCUUGCUCCUACUCGUCAUAUACAUUGACUCGUUCCUCUUCAUAUUUACUACCGCCUUAAUCAAGCACAUCGGCAUCAACACGUCCGAAGGCCUUUGUGAUGGCGCGAUCCUGCUGUGUUUGGUCUGCUACAUGAGCACCAAAGUGCUGAUCUACACCUUCUUGGUCGAGAAAGCAUGGAUCGUGAGAGGAGGUCUCAAGCGGCGUAGAGAGUCGCGUCUAUACCUGUUCAACUGCUUUGGUAUGCUCCUACCAUAUGCAAUUGCUGUGGUCCUCAAUUUUAUCUGGAGGAUAUCGUUCAUUGACACGAAAGGGAAAUGCAUCAUUGGGAUGGAGAAGCGCGCGAUGAUGCCUCUUAUUAUCUUUGAGGUUGUUGUGAACGGGUAUCUCAAUAUCCUCUUCAUCAUACCUUUACGCAAAAUGUACAGCUAUCGACACGGAACUGGAAAAAUGAGAAGCCUCGCCCUCCGGACCUUCGUUGGCAGCUGCGUAACAUUGGCGUCAAGCGUUGUGAAUCUGACAGUUCUCAUGGCCGUCGGAGGAGAGCCGGGAUGGCUUUGCCUCAUGCUUUGCAAUGCGGACAUCCUAUUCUGCAUCCUGGUACUUCACUGGGCCACCGCGCUCGACAGCGGGGGAUACACACCCAACAACUCGAAUUGCUCAUGCUCUCGCAAUUCACGCGUCGGCGCGGUCUCGGUCCCAAUAACACCAUAUCCACAGCCAGCUUUGCAAAAGCGCCGAAAUCCAUUCCGCAUUUUCAACUGCGAGGAAGACUUCCCGGAAGGGUGCUGGAAAGCACAUCCUUGGGAUGUCAGUAAGGAUCCAAAUCCAAUGCCAAAGAACACAUCAGAUCCGCAAAUCAAAGUCGAUGUCAUCGAUGCCAAGGACUCGGUCACAGAGACCAGCAGUGAGACCCGGAUCGAAGUCGAUGAGAUCCAAGUCGCUCCGAAAACCCCAACUUGA